AUGGCUUCAUUAGUACAGCGUCGUAUGCUCUCAAAGGCGGAUGAGGAGGCAGCCGACGAGGUCGAGGUUCGACGUGAGGACCAGGACAAGAUCAACCGAUUCAGCCGUCUACACCAGCGAGAGCUUGUUUUGGGCGAAGAACUUAGCGCUAAGAACAAGGAGAAGGAAGAGCUUGACGACUUAUCCACAGAACUCGAACUUGCCGACGAGGACGAGAAGAUCCAGUACAAGAUUGGCGAUGCCUUUUUCCACGUUUCAGUAGAGCAGGCCCAGGAGAUGCUUGAGAAAGCAACGGAAACGCUUGAGGAAGAGUCAGUAUCGUUGGAGGAAAAGCUGUCGUCUAUCCGUGAGGAGAUGACAAAGCUCAAGGUCGAUUUAUAUGCCAGAUUCGGAAAGCAGAUCAACCUAGAGACUUGA